UCCAAAGCGGCGAGCUUGUCAUUUUGUAUGUAUAGAGUAUUUGAAGCUACACACAAUUUGUACUGUGCCUUCGUUCAGACAUGAAUAUUUAUUUCACUCUAGUAAUAUUUUCAACACUUUUUCGUUUAGGUCAUGGUCAAGAAGGGACUGUGAGAGUAUUUUUGGAACCGAUCAUGCCGUUGAAGGGACGCCCGUUCACGGUUCAAUGUCUUUUAGGAAUCGACGCCGAUGCUGCUUUAGCUGUUCAAGGGGACAUAAUGUUCAACAUGACGGACGAAAGCUUUUGUAAGGUCCCGUUGUCUGAAUAUAUCUACUGUGUCAAGCCUGUGCCGCCGGUUAUGGUUGACAAGACCUGUGGCUGUCAUACCCUUUAUGAGUUUGCUAAGAUAGGUAACAGCAGCCACGUCUACAGAAAGGUCUUCGGCUUCUAUUUCUUCUUCGUCGAUAUCACGGAACACUUGCACGGGGUUGUAGUAAGCUGUGGAACUAAAAAAAUUUCGGUGAACGAGACAAUGAAAGUAGUAGAUUUCACCUCAAAACCCGAACCUCAAAUCUACAUGUGCAGGACUGGCACCGUACAUCUGAAUUGGGACUUUAAUCACAAUGAUGAAUUAAUCAAGGCUCGGUACACACCAAGGAUGCUAGUGUGGAUAGGCAUGCCACAUACUAGGUAUGAGGGAGUAAUUGACGUGGCCCGCUAUAUCUAUACUACAAAAACUAAGGGAAAGUUUGCUGUGGACAAAUUGCAUAACGUGGAGAUGAGGAGGAUAGGCCGAAUCCCACAGUUGUAUAUUGUCCAGUUGGAGAGUAACCAUUCAAUGGUCAUUCAGCUCAACCUGACCUUCUUUGACAGCUCUGUACACUACGUUACAGAGGUUAAUAAAUCGAAACACAAAAAUUACCCAAAAAGAAACGCUUACAGUAGACACAAGCGAUCUAUUGAAAGUGAAAUAGAUUUAGAAGAUUCCUUUACCAGCAGAGCUCCUGAAAUCAACACGACUACUGCUAGUAGAGGAACGUUAUCCCCCAAGACGACCUCGGCUGCCAAUAGCUCCAUCUCUUCGAGCACCCCCAAACCCAUUAAGUUUGAUAUUAAGAACCAAGGACACUGGCAGUGGCUGGUCGAUGAGGCAACGAUCAACGUCACGAAUCCACCUAGUGCGGGGGCCACGACAACGAUAGACAACAGCAUCUCGUUUACUGGAAACAGACUUCUGACCUGCCUGGUGAAUGAAAUGCCAUUCAGUGGGACGCCACCAGUCAACUUGACCCUAUGGAAAGAUAGAAGAAUUGAAAUGACUUUGCCACAUGUUAAUAAGCUUACAAGGAUGUACACCAACGAGGAGUGGAUCGGUCACAACAUAUCUUGUGGACUGACGGGCCAGGCAACAAUGUGUCUCAAUCCUAACGACCCUAGAGUGAAGCCUUUCACGAAAGCUUUAGCCGAGUUCGUGUUCAAGGUCCGCGACCCGGAUAACAUUGACCUGUGGCUAGCGCUGUACGCGUGCCAGGUCUCCGCCUCUCUCAUGAUGAUGAUCUGGGCGGUGUCUUUGAUGCUCCGCCACGUGGCCCUGCUCAUUCGGUUCGAGAGGAUGCGCCACUUGUACGAGCGCAUGCGGAGAGAGAACGCCGAUGCUCUUAGAGCUAAUGAUGAUUCCUUGGUGGAUGAUAAGACCUCAGUGUUGAGCGAUAUCGGUGACCUGAGAUAGAAAAGAAGUCCUGUGGCCUGGCGGAAUAGACCUAAGUUUGAUCUCUUUACUUCAAUUUUAUUGAAUAUAACUAUCAUCUGCUGUUAACUCUUUCUCGUCUAAUCAACGGUACCAUCGUUGAUUUGACGACAUUAAAUUUAAUCCAUUUUUAGCUUUAUAAACUUGAAUUUGUAUUAUAUAAAACGAUCAUGCAUUCUCGUAUAAUUCUAUAACAAAAGUAGUUUUCUAAUUACCAACAAAAAUGUUAUUGAAGUUUAAUCAUAACAGGGUAGAAUGUACAAAUGUGAAAAAUGGAACAAAAUAUGUUCAAUAGUGGAAAAUAAAUUACGGAGGUAAAGAGUUAAAAUAUGUGACAGAUUUUUAGAUUUAUAAAUGGAAAAUAGUACAAGAUCUACUUUCUAUGAGAUGGAAAGAAAAUUCAAUGAAUUAAAACCCUUUAAUUGAAAAGUUCAUUAGUGUGACGCGUGCAUUAAGUACUCCCCGAAAUACAAAGCCAAUACGGCCAUAGUCAACAUCCAAUGCCUGUGUGGUAUAUGUACAUUUGCAAUGUUCCCCUUUCAGACUUUGCUAUCUAUAGUGCAGAUGAUGUAAAGGUCAUAUGUUUCUGUGACCCACUCAGAGACGACCAACAUAGAUUCCGAAAUUAAAAAUCCCUGGUCUUCACCAGGAUUCAAACCUGGACCCUCAAUUCGGAAGCCAAGAGCCUCACCGCUCAGCCACCGCACCAUAUGUAAAUAGGUGUUGAAUCAAUGACCCACGGUUUAUAAGGGUGUAAUGUAGCCAGCAAAGCGAUCAACCACCUGUACUUUCCCCCAACUAAUUUCAUGGUAUCCAUUAUAGAUGGGUGGACUCAGAGGCGUCCUACAAAUCCAGAAAUUUAAAAAAAAGUCUUCACAAUAAUUUGAACCCAAGACCCCCUCGUUUCGGAAACCUAGCGCUUUACCACUCAGCCACCGUGUAAGAUGGAAUACACGUUCAUGUAUUAGUUUAAAUCACAAAUCCAAAGAAAUAGUUUAAUUAAUAAUAAGCUUAAAACUUUCAUAGUUCGUCAUGGGAAUGCUUUCUCCUUAUGUAGACCUUCGUAAACCUUCUCAAAUACUCUGGAUUACAGUUAUUGUGUAAUUAGAUUCAGUUAUUGCUCACCCUGGAAUAUAUUUAGCUAAAGAGUUAUUUCGAGACUUAAUUCUGAAAGUAAAAGUUUGUAAAACCUUGCCACGUCUUGUUACCUGACAAUAAGCUGAAAACAAAAUUUUUUUUUACUACAAUGGCUUCUAGGAUUUUAAUAUUAUGUGAAUACAUUCGUUCAGAUCAUUGUUCUUAUUGCUUUUAUUAAUUAUUUUGUUACGUAAAUCUACCUGUAAAGGUUGAUUAUGUAACACACACACACACACACAAAUAAUGAAAGCAGAAUGUAUAUUAUAGGUCGAUCACAUAUUCGGAUAUAGAAAACCAUUUUUCACUCAUAUGUCAUUUGUCCGAAUUAGAAACAUAGGCCUUCAAAGAAAAUACAAAAACAAAACAUAUCUACCUAGGAAAGCUAAUUAAAAAAAAAUGAAAUAAUUCAUUUAAAAAUCUAUUUUCUAUUUGGCUAAAGACUGUUAUUUUUUAUAAUCAAUUUUGUCUAAAAACUUUUAUCUUAAAUUAUAUUUUUUGUCUAAACACUUUUCAUUUUCGAUUUUGGUUAAAGACUAUUAUUUUUACGCAUACGCUCAUUCGAGUUUAACUAGAAACACAUGCAGCUUCAGAAGUGAUAAUUAAAAAAAUUGUCACUGGUAUAUUACCAGAAAUGAGUUCUCAUAGUCCCUAAUUUACCGCCUAUAAUGGCCUGUUUAACAAAAAGACAACAAAAUUAGAAACUACAUUGAUGUCAAUGUCUUGGUUAUAAGCUAAAAGUGGUCUGAUAUUAAUAAACGUGUUCUUAUUGGUUUUGUGGCAGCCCUGGGAUGUGGAAGAUAUUUCAUUCUUACUAUGUAACAAAGCAGGAGAUGUGGGUGAGGUAGUACAUGAGUUCCUCCUCACUAUGUUUUCCCACCAGGCCGCUAAUACCUCAAUAAUUUACUGGACUUUAUAUUCACAUUACAUACACUAUAGUUGUUUUAAGACUAGACUUUUUCAGUAAACAGCUUUUUGAAUGGAUUUUUUUAAAGAUAACUAUAUUUGAAUAAUGCACUAUAUUGUAUACUGUUUAUUAAUAAUUAAGAAUGCAUUAUAUUGUAUACUGUUUAUUUCAAAUGUUUACAUUUUACAAACAACCAAUUAUAUUUUGUAUAAUAAACUUAGCAUAUAUUGAUUUUAUUUU